GAACAUCUUUUUUAUUUUACAUGUAAGCAAACUUUGGUCAAGUACUAAAUAUUAAAAAAAAAUUAUGUAUUUAAAAAUUACUCUUCUGAUCUGCGCGUUACACUUCUUCGCGGCAGUGUGGAGCGUUGGACUAAUGGAAGUCCAUAUCAACAAAAUCGAUGAGUUCUUUGAUAAGUACAGAGGACGUUUAAACGAAGUUCCAAAAAAUAUAAUUAUACAUUUUUUAUUAAACGAGAUGCUCUAUAACAAAUUGACAAAAGUUUAUACGUCCGAAGAUGCUGUGAUCGAUGAUAAAACUGUGCCGAACUUCCUGUUAAAAAUGGGCCUUAUUGAUAAAGAUAUUGACGACCCGCAGGAAAGGGGUAUGACUACUUACGAGAUAAAACUCUACGUAAAAAUGUUUAACGUUCAUGACAAAAAAAGUGUCGAAGGCGAAGCUGAAGGUAAAGGUGAAGGCGAUAGCGAAGCUGAAGGUAAAGGCGAAGGCGAUAGCGAAGCUGAAGGUAAAGGUGAAGGCGACAUCGAAGAUGAUGGCGAAGGCGAGCCAGACGGUGUUCUUACCCAUGCUGAAUUUUCGGACUUAUUGGACGCCGUUUUAAACUUAGAAGCUGACGUUAAGUUAAAAAUCAAAAAUAAACUCAAAAAUAACAACGCAAUAAACGUGGCUAAGUUUUUGGCGACAUUAAUGGAACAUAGAACGCGGGGCAAAGGUCUGGACAAGCGGCAUAUAGAAAAAGCCAUAACUUUGUAUGAAUGUUAUUACGCAAAUCUAAAUCGUGGCAAGCAACAAGAGUUAUACGAAAAUUUAAAUAUCGUCUCCGACGAGUAUAAGGACCUAAUCGAUUUCGAGCACCCUCAGAGCAUUGGUUACGAGUUGCAAGAGUUCCUAAUCUUUUGGGCGGAAAAUAACAACGAAGUCGAAGGAGUUGCUAUCCCUAGUAAAGAUGUUAGGGAUAUUGUUUAUGAGUUCACUAGGUACGACACAGGCAAUGACGGUGUGGUCAGUUUUGAAGAAUUUGAACCAAUCUUUAGGUCGUACUUUAACGAAAAUGAGGAUAUCAGAGGCGUUUUUAAGAAAUAUACCAAUAAUAAUGCUGAUAUGACCGCUGCUAUGUUCAUGAACAUAAAAUAUGAUAAAAUUUUUUUACGAAACAAAAAUAAUGAAGACGUGACAAUGGAAGAAACAAAUGACACGGCUAAGUAAAAUGUGGCAAUAGAAUAGCAAUAUUGCAGAGAUGGCUACUUCAUAGCAUUUCAUCGUUACAACAUUAUUACAGUCGUUAAUAAUUUACAAUUUUCCUAUAACUAUGUUAUUAUUUAUU